AUGAUUACUUUAGAAUUCUUUUUGAAAAUAUUAACUUUACCUUAUCCUAUAAUUAAAUCUAUUAUACAAUAUUAUACUACUGGUACAAUUUAUUCCAAAACAAAUUCAGAAUUCAAAAAUUCAUUAUGGAAAAAUGUUUUAUUAUCAAUUGAAUAUCAUGUUUCAGGUAAUUAUCAAAAAAGUGAUAUGAGAGCUGUAGUUUAUCAACCUAUAAAUAAAGUAAUAUCUAAAUUUAAAAAACAUCCAUUAGCUUUACCACUCAAUGAAUUUGGUGAGAAAUUUGAUGAAUAUAGUUAUUGGAUUCAUAAAUGUGAUAAACCAAAAGAUAAACAAAAUGUUAUAAUAUAUAUUCAUGGUGGUGGUUAUAUGUUAAAUUUAUUUGAAUCACAAUUUGUUUUCAUUUCUGCAUUACAUUAUUCUUUAAAUGAUAAAGCUUCAGAAAAUUCUUCAAUUUUAGUUAUUGAUUAUUCUUUAACUAUGUUUGAUCAUGAAUUUCCAACUCAAUUAAUAGAAUGUUUGAGCACUUAUUCAAAUUUAAUUAAAGACGGUUAUAAAAAUAUAAUGUUACUUGGUGAUUCAGCUGGUGCUCAUAUGUCAUUAUCAAUAGCGAGAGCUAUUGCAUAUCCUGAAGAAGCUUUAACUCAAUUUGAACAUGCAGGUAGAUCCAUCAAGUUUGAUUUAUCUGCGUUACCUCAACCAAAAGCAUUAAUAUUGGAUGCACCAUGGCCUGAACCAUGUACAAAAAGAGCAGUUGCGUCAAAAAGAGGUAUUAAUUGUUAUGGAGAUUUAGGAUCAAUGGAAACAAAUAUGGGAGACUAUUAUUGUGGCAAGAAUGAUAAAAAUUUUAUAAACAAUUUCUUAACUUUUACAAAUACAAAUUGGGAAGAUCAUUGGAAAAAAGUUAUACCAAUAAAUAAUGGAAACACAAUAAUAAUAGUGGGGGAAAGAGAAGUUUUAAGAGAUGGAGUUGAAGAAUUUUAUAAUAUCAUAAAUAAAAAGGGAAGUAUUGAUUAUUAUGUUGAACCAGGUGGAAUUCAUGCAGGUGUUGUAUAUGUUGAAAGUUUAGAUUAUAUUAGUAAAAAAGGUGCUAAAAAGGCUUUAAAGGGGGAUUUUAAAGGUAAAUAUGGUUUUAAUUUGAUUUCAAAAUUUAUAAAUGACCGAGUAUAG